AUGGAGGACCAUGCCUUCUUGCAGCUCCUGGGCGUGCCGGAGCGUUGUGCCCCAACGCAAACCGUCGACCGAUGCUUCCAGAAGGUGGAGGUCUACGACCGCUUCAGCGAGAAGACCGGGACGGUGGAGGACGAGUUCGAGAAGCUCUGCCGCAGCGCCGUCGCGGAUGCGCGGGAGCGCUGCGGCGGCCGUCGACUCAUCGCCGCGCUGAAGCCUCUUCUGGUGGACUUGGUCAAGAGGCGGCAGGGCAUUUCCUCGAUGCUCAACACUCUCCGGAGCUGCGGCCUCGACAAGGUGGAGAAAAACUUGCUGCGAAAGCACCUGCAGCCACGCGAUGUGCUGAUUGCGCUCACCUUCAGCAGUAUGCCUCCGGGGCCUUCCCAGGCACGCAUGAUGAGCCUGGCAGCCAAGACGGACUCGCCCUUGCCUCUGCUUUUCGGCUGGGCAGUGCCUGAGAGCGGCGGAGGGCUGCAGCUGUGCUCACAGAUCCAGUGGGGAGCCAUGCGGGAGCUCUUCUGCAGCCCUUCCUAUCCCCUUGUGCUGUCCGUGGGAACCGACGCUGCGCUGGGCAAGUCCUAUCUCCUGCAGUACCUCUACGCACUGCAGGAGUGCCACUUCCGCAGCACGGCGCCGAACCCCCUGCGCAUCCACACGAUGCCCUCCAUCGAUCUCAUCGGGGACUUCGCGCGCGAGGAGUGCAUGCGGGGUGUGACCCUGGCCGACGUUCACUGCUUCGAUGCUGGAAACGACCUCUGCAGAGCCUUGACCGCCACGCUGUACAGCUUCGCCACAUCGACGCUGCUGCACUGCUCGCUGAGGGCCGACUUCGAGGACACGGAGCCCACACCCAAACUGCGGCAGCUCUUGGAUCUGCUGGCUGCUGCCAGAGGCUCAGAGGACGACAGCUCGGUUCUGCUGCUGCUCCGCGAUGCGGAGGACGAGCACGGGCCGUCGGAGCAGCGGCGCGUGAACAGCUGCGUCGAGGCCGUGCGCCGUGGUCUUGCUGGCGCUUCGCAGAGCCCUCCGAGCGUUCUGGUCUGGCUCGUCCCCAUGCUCGCCAGCUUGGGGCCCACAGAGCUCACGAACGAAGUGAAGUCCCUCCGGAAGAGCCGCGCCAUCGAAGGCGGCACCGAGACGCCCUCGCUGGAGGAGGCCUUAUCCAUGGCAGCUCAAUCCAGGAAGAAGUUCCCGCCCCUGCCCGUGCUGCAGCAGCGCUGCGCGCAGUUCGUCGAGGCAAUCCAGGCGCCUGCCGGCCAAGGCCAAAGCCUGCCAAGACGCCCAAGCGGCGAGAGCUACGGCGCCUUGGCGCAGCGGGUUUUCGCAGAGCUGGGGGCGCAAGGCUCCUCCUCAGAGGGCCUGCUCGGCAGGCUCUUCCCUGUGGCGCAGAGCCACCAGCAACUCACCGUGCUGAUCCAGGACAAAGUGCGAUGCUUGGGUCGAGGACAGGGAUACCUGGAGCCCGAGGAGCGUCGUAAGCUCGAGAGCAGUGUGGACGGCUUGGACCGAGAAAUUGCACGGCUGCGCCACGAGCGACAGCGGGCCCCGCCGCAUCCCCUCUUGCGGACCUUUUCGCAGCUGGUCUUGACGGGAGACAUCAGCCUCAUCGUGGAGUUUGGGGCCUGCCUCAACGACUGGAAGCAGGCGAAGCGUGCGCCACUACUGGAACGCAAGCUCUGCCUUCGCAAGGAGCGACAACCCUCCCUUACUCGGAGGCCCGGCAUGUCCCCGAGCCCACAGCAGGUGGCGCAGCUGCGGGGGGAGCUGGUGUCGCUGCAGAAAAGGCUGGACGAGGUCGACGUGUCCACGGACUCCUUCUGGCUGGAGCUGAUGCUCUGGCACGAGCUGGGGCGCACCGGGGCCCGGCCCGGGCUCCGGGAGAUCGACGAGAACCGUGAUCGCUGUUUCACGAUAAAGCCGAACAUCCAGAGCCCUCACGCCUUUGAGCUCCACAGAUCCGAGGUUAUGGUGAAGAGCGGGAACCCCCUGCACUUCCUCCAUUCGGCGCCGCUGCAGUUCGGUGCCUUUGAGCCUCUCCGCUGGCAUCCGCAGCUCUCCGGGGCAUCCUUCUUCGGUUCUGACUUCCUGGGCGAUAUCCUGCGGGAGCUGGAUCGGGACCUGGGAGUGGAUGUGCGCCGUCGGCCGCUUCUAGUCAUCAGCGUGAUCGGCGUGCAGAGCAGUGGCAAGAGCACUCUGAUGAACUACCUUUUCGGCUGCUCGUUUGCGACGCACGCCGGGCGCUGCACUAAGGGCCUGUACAUCUCCCUCUUGGAAACGCGACAUGCCCUCUUGGUGAUCCUGGACACAGAGGGCCUGCUGUCUGUUGAAGCCCGGGAUGAUGUCUUCGACAAGCAGGUGGCCUUGAUGACCAUGGCCUGCUCUGACCUGGUCAUCGUGAACAAUCGCGGGGAAUUGGGUCGGCACGUCGGGGAUCUCUUCCAGGUCUGCCUGUUUGCGCUGUACCACCUCAAGCUUGCGAGGAUCUCUCCUGCCAUCGGCUUUGUGCUUCAGUGCCUGAGCAUGGUCAACCAGCAGCAGCAGUACGAGUGGGUGGCGACAGUGAAGAGGUCGUUGGAGGAGUCCGUGCAGGAACUCCAGCAGAAGGAGAAGCCGCACUCCUUCAAGCUCCAAGACCUCGUCUUCCUGGAUUCGGAGAGCAUCUUCGUCAUGCCCAGCGCCUUCAACGACGACGUCCAGUUUGGACUCCAGGUGUCCCGGCCGACGAACCUCUACGCACUGAAAGCCCUGCAGCUCCGCGAGAAGGUCUUCCAUUGGAUCGCCAGGGCCAAAGCGUCGCAAAGGAGUCGCCUGGCAGAGACGGCGCUCGACUCCGAACCUGGCGCUUCCGUAUCUUUCGCCUCGCUGUCGCAGUGGUACGACCAUGCCAGGACGGUGUGGCAGACCUUGUCCAUGUGUGGUACGGACCUGCUGCAAUUCCGGACCAUGCGGCAGGUGCUGAUGGCACAGCAGCUUCAGGAGUUCUGCGACGCCCUCGUUCAGAAGCAUGUCGACGGAAAGAUGCACCAGGAGAGCGAGCAGCUGAUCCACAGGUACACGAAGGAUCUGCGGGCAGCCACCGGCUCAAGCAGCCCGGCUUUACCUGCAAUUCCGAAGUUCGCCAAAGACGCGGCUGAUAGCGAAGUCCACGCCAUCGACAACGCUUUCCGAGGUCAGCUCGACGGCCUCCGGGACGCUGUCCUUCAGGAGAUGCAGCAUGAGUUUGACGAGUUCGUGCGCUCUCACGACAGCAAGUUCACCGAUGAGCAGGUGAAGAGCGACAAGAGGUUCUCGCUCAUGGGGCCGAUGAGCUCCUUGGCGCUGGAGGCCUUCAGAGAAGCCCUGGUUCCCGGCAAACGUGUCCCCAACAUCUACGCGCCUCCCGGAAUCCUGAAGUCAACGCAACAGCACGCCCACAGCACGCCAGGGCGCAAGUACGCAUCAGUGGACAGCCUCUGGAGAUCUGCUGUUCACCUUGUCCUGGAGCAGAAGCUUGGCGGCGCGCGCCAGUGCGCGAUAGUUUCUGCGAGAGAGCUCUGGAACUCCAUGGACCACCUUUUCGAGGAGAUCUCAGCGCGUGUUAACGACCUGCUGCUGGAGCAGGGCUCCCACAUCAAUGUCCAGAACGUGGAGCGAGUUUUCGAAGAAAAGUGGAGUCAGGUGAUGGCUGAGACCCUUCGCAAGCAGCGGCCGAAUUUGGAUCGCGUCACUCGGGAGGUGAUCUCCCACUUUAAUGCGGCGCUGAUGAACCUCAAGUCGCAAUUUCGGAAGGCUCACAUCUUCCACGGGGUCAAAUCCCUGACCAGCGACAUUCGGGAGAUGUCAGAGGCAUGCUCCUCCUUCCUCCUCGCCAAGAAGGGCAUCGGGGCCGCGCUUGUGGCCUCCGGGGCCACAACGCAGGUGGACAACCUCUGGAUCAAGCUGGUGGACAGCAUGAGGUUGGAGGUGGACCAGCAGGGCCAGAUGUCGGACGCCGCGGCUUUGAAGAUCUUGAACCGUCUGAAUUCGGAAAUGGAGGCCGCUGAUCAGCUGCGCCAGCUCCUGCACCGUCUGGGCUCGCCCUUCGUGCAGAAGCUUCUGCGUCGGCAGUUUAGAGUGGACAGCGUUCCGGGAAAGGAGGAGAUGGCCGGUCAGCCGCUGCCCUAUGCGCCGGCCUACAACUAUCAGAACCAGGGGUAUGGCGGAUACCAGCAAGUCUACCAGCAGCAGUACGCUCCGGGACAGGUCUGCCAGCCAAACCGCUAUGACUACGCUCCCGGCCAGCCUGCGUAUCAGGGCAGCGCGAUGCCGGAGCCCUACUCUGCCGACUACUACCGCCCGCCCGCCCAGAUGCCUGUGCAGGGCCAACCCUUCAUGGGCUACGCAGAGCCAGGAUAUGGCCAGCCUGUCCCAAGCCAGAUGGACUACGGCGCGCCAUCCUAUGGGCAUCCUUACGGACAGGAUGCUGCGUACCAGCAGCGCCAGGGAAUGAGCACAGGUGCCAAGAUGGCCAUGGCCGGCGCAGGCGGACUGGCUCUUGGGGCUGGGACCGCCUUCGCCGUCGAGCACGCAGGCGACAUCGCGCAGUUUGCAGACACCGCCUUCGACGAUGUGGGUCGCUUUGCAGGAGAUGCGGUACACGGCGUAGAAGAAUUCGUAGAGGUAGGACGCUCCGACAUGAGCAUUAUCGCCUUUGCCGCGCCAAAAUCAGGGCCUGUAGAGAAUGCCCUGAUGGCGCCUGGGGCCCUAAGCGGCCAGCAUUCCGUGUACAGUCCGCCUAGUUCCCACGUCGUUGGAGACUUCAGAUGCGGUGGUAACAAGAGGCUCGUGUAUGAGAUGGCGAAGGCCACCAUCCACUACCGCUUUCAGAUUGAGCAGCAGAACUUCCAAACGCGCGUCAGCGAGAUUCUGGGAAAGAAGCAGCAGAAGCUUUGGGAGAUCCAGGCACGCGUGGAUAGCGGCAAGCGCGAAGUGCACUGUGCCAAGGUUUGGGCCAAAACUUUCGUCGACACCCUCGACCAGCAUUUCCGGAAUGCCGUGGGGCGCAUGGCGCAAGAGGUGGUGUCCCACAUGUCCAAGAUCCUCACAAACCCCGGGAGUGCCUGCGAGCAGGCCAUCGAGCGGUCCUUCACGAAGCGCAACUGGCGUCAUGUCGUGAUGUACGCCAUCGACCCAACGCAGUACUUGUUCAUGGAGUUCCACAAGGAAUGGGAGACCUUCAAGCAGGGCCUUGUCGACAGGUACUGCCAGGAGCUGAAGAACAACUUCGGCAACUGCCUUCGUGUGGCGGAGGAGCGCAUGCAAGACCUACUUGGAGGUGGCGACCUCGAGGGGUUGAAGGACCUCACCAUGAACAAGCUCUCCCACGUUCUGAAGGAGGUGUGCGCCGAGCUGGCAGAUGACUCGCUCUCCGGCGUCUUGUGCAGCUGCCUGCCAUCCUUCCAGGCAGACUCGGACUGGACGCUGCCCCUUGACCCCAAAAGAAGAGGGCAUUCUAAGUCCAGGCCUUCUUAG